CAGAGCGAUAUCCAUGGCGGCGAGAGGCCUGCUAGCGCCGUUCCACUUUCACUACAAAUUCCCGGCAGCGCCGCCCGUGCCUACCUGCAUUUCGUGGCUCCGGGAAACCUCCCUCCGACGCUGUCGCCAUGCUCUUUUCUUUUGCAGCCACAGCCGGCCUCCGGAAACGGACAUUUCCAACUACAGACUUCAAUUCGCCCAAAAAAUGGCGAUGGCCGGCCUCAAUCCAAAUCACCGCAUCGCAAUUGCUGUGUCUGGCGGUCCUGAUAGCAUUGCUCUAUGUGUAUUAACCGUUGAUUGGAAAUCUGGCAACUCUAAUGCUGCCAACAAAGGAAAAAGCAAGACCAUUGAUGGCCUCUUAGCAAUUGUUGUUGAUCAUGGGUUGCGAACAGAAAGUGCGGAGGAAGCAGAUCUUGUUCGCGGUCGAGUUUUAGAUAUGGGAAUCAAAUGUGAAGUUGCUUCCUGUAAAUGGUUGGACGGGAAACCCAAGCUCGGUCACUUGCAAGAAGCUGCUCGAGAUAAAAGGUAUGAAAUUUUACAGAAGAUAUGUAUGGAGCAGCGGAUUGGAGUACUAUUGAUUGCACAUCAUGCAGAUGACCAGGCAGAGCUUUUCAUUCUCCGACUAUCUAGAAACAGUGGUGUACUUGGGCUUGCAGGCAUGGCUUUUACUUUGCAAAGGUUUUGGGAGUUUCCUGACUUUAAUGGAAAAGAAUCAAAAGCUCAUAGCAUGUUAUUGGUGAGACCACUUCUAGAAUUUUCAAAAGAAAAUAUGUAUAAUAUAUGUAGAGGUGGAAAUCAACAAUGGGUUGAAGAUCCAACGAAUAGGAGUCACUUAUAUGCACGUAACAGGAUCCGGGAGUCAUUGAGUAACAUGUCGUCUGUAUUCAAGGCAGAGUUGCAAGCUACUAUAUCAGCAUGUCGAAUAACACGAUUGCAUGUUGAGAGAGUCUGUCGCCUCUUGCUGAACAAGGCUGUAACAAUCGCACCUCAUGGAUAUGCGGUGAUUGAUCUAGGAGUUCUCCAUUUGAUAGAAGCCAAGGAAAUAUGCAUUGCGAAAUUUGUUACUCUAGUGGUGCAGUUCAUAUCACAGAGGCAUAGGCCAGUUCGAGGGAAUGGAUUGAAGUUGCUGCUGAACUACCUUCAUACUACCCCAUGCAAGGCUGCUCUGACUGUAGCUGGUUGUUACCUCUGUCCAGCUCCAGGAUCCAAAGGAACAUGCGUUCUUGUAUGCUGCUCUUCUGAAUCGUCUCCACAUACGAUUUUGAAGCAAUGUAGCCAGAACUGCUUUGAGUCAAGCGAGUUAGAGCAGAUUGCACUGAAAAUCGAAGAAACUGCAGAAAAAUCAAUGCCAGACCUUUCUAGUAUUCCAUUCUUGGAUGCAACAUCCUCCGAGGCUGUCCUGACUGAAGCUAAAAUACAUGGCAUUCUUAGCAACUCCUCCUACGAGAGUAUUGUUUCUCUGCAGAAGCAAGAAAGUGAAAAUUUCAAGGCAGUGACUGAAGCUACCUUUGACCCUACGUCAGGACAUAGCAUAUCAUCUCCAAGCAGAUUAAUUCGUCCUGGGCAAGUAGGGUAUUUCAUGAACAGAUUUCUACUUGACUGGAAUGUGCCGGAUGUCUCUGUCGAGAAGCUAGGCGCAGAAGGUCGUUGCUUUUGCAGUUCUUGCAUAUUCGGUGAUGAGAUGGUGGCUGAAGUGCGCUGCAUGGUCGAUGCAGAUUGGAUGUAUCUUCAUGAUCUUUCCAGAACGACGAAUAUGGGAGAUGCCUCAUCAGAAAAUGGCAUGGUGAGAAUGUAUUAUGCUAACUUAUCAGCUGGUAAAGCACUGACUACUUUGAAGUCGAUUCCAGUCGCAGCGCGACGAGCAUUGCCUGUUCUUGUGAAUUCUGAGGGAGUUCUAGUAAGCAUUCCGAGCAUCGGCUUCUCGCAAUGCCCUCAUUUGAAGGCCUUUGCUGUUUUUAGUCCUAGAUUGCCGCUAGGUGGAGGGCAUAGCUCGUUUUGGUAGUAUCGAGGAUACAAUACUCUCUCAUUGAGUAGAAGUUUUUGUAGGUUAAAGUUUUUGCUUCAGAUACAGUUCCAAGUAGUACAUAUUAUGUGCCUUCACCAUUAUUCGA